CGGAGCUAACCGUCCGUCCGUCCACAUUGGCUUGGCUGCCUUACUGACUGUUGCUAGCUCGGCUAACGUUAGCCUGCCUCUUCCAGCGAAGUGCGAACACUCCACAGACAGACACGUCGCCCAGCAUCCACGCCGCGAGACUACUGGGCACAUGUUGGGACCCUCCGGAGCCACCACUCGGGGGGAAGAAAUGCUAGCCACGAAUAGGGAUCUGAGCACCGCGCACUAAAGAAAAAAAAAAAAAAAAGAGCUCCCGAUCCAGCCAUGUUCGGCACAGAGUCGUCACUAAGCAUGUUUCUCAACACCCUGACACCCAAGUUCUACGUGGCUCUGACGGGCACCUCCUCCCUCAUAUCAGGACUCAUUUUGAUCUUCGAGUGGUGGUACUUCAGGAAGUACGGCACUUCCUUCAUCGAGCAGGUGUCUGUGAGCCACCUGCGCCCCCUGCUGGGUGGCGUGGACAGCAGUUCCCCCAGCAACUCCAGCGCCAGCAACGGCGAGGCUGACUCCAGUCGGCAAAAUGUGUCGGAAUGUAAAGUUUGGAGAAACCCGCUGAAUUUAUUCCGAGGAGCCGAGUACAAUCGGUACACGUGGGUGACGGGCCGAGAGCCGCUGACGUACUACGACAUGAACCUGUCAGCGCAGGACCACCAAACCUUCUUCACCUGCGACUCGGACCACCUGCGGCCCGCCGAUGCCAUCAUGCAGAAGGCAUGGAGGGAGAGAAACCCUCAAGCCCGCAUCUCGGCUGCACACGAAGCUCUGGAGCUGGAAGACUGCGCGACGGCGUACAUCCUGCUGGCCGAGGAGGAGGCCACCACCAUCAUGGAGGCCGAGCGCUUGUUCAAGCAGGCGCUGAAAGCCGGCGAGGGAUGCUACCGCCGCAGCCAGCAGCUACAGCACCACGGUACGCAGUACGAGGCCCAGCACAGAAGAGACACCAACGUGUUGGUGUACAUCAAGAGGAGACUGGCCAUGUGCUCCAGAAAGCUUGGCCGGACGAGAGAGGCGGUGAAGAUGAUGAGAGAUUUGUGUGUUUUCCAGUUAAUGAAGGAGUUCCCUCUCCUCAGUAUGUUCAACAUCCACGAAAACCUGCUGGAGUCGCUGCUGGAGCUGCAAAACUACGCCGACGUGCAGGCCGUACUGGCCAAGUACGACGAUAUUAGCCUACCCAAAUCUGCAACGAUAUGCUACACAGCAGCUUUGCUCAAAGCCAGAGCCGUGUCAGACAAAUUCUCUCCAGAGGCAGCGUCUAGACGAGGUUUAAGCACGGCAGAGAUGAAUGCAGUAGAAGCAAUCCACAGAGCUGUGGAGUUCAACCCGCACGUCCCCAAAUACCUCCUGGAGAUGAAGAGUCUGAUCCUUCCUCCGGAGCACAUCCUCAAGCGAGGAGACAGCGAGGCUAUCGCGUACGCCUUCUUCCACCUGCAGCAUUGGAAGCGUGUCGAGGGAGCGCUCAAUUUACUGCACUGCACCUGGGAGGGCACAUUCAGAAUGAUCCCGUAUCCUUUGGAGAAAGGUCAUCUCUUCUAUCCUUAUCCCAUCUGCACAGAGACAGCAGACAGAGAGCUGCUACCCACAGUGUUCCACGAGGUGUCGGUAUACCCCAAGAAGGAGCUCCCCUUUUUCAUCCUCUUCACAGCCGGCCUCUGCUCCUUCACCGCCAUGCUGGCUCUGCUCACGCAUCAGUUCCCGGAACUCAUGGGCGUCUUUGCCAAAGCGUUCCUGAGCACGCUGUUUGCGCCGCUCAACUUCAUCAUGGAGAAGGUGGAGAGCAUCCUGCCGUCCAGCCUUUGGCACCAGCUCACACGCAUCUGACAAACUUGACUGGUUUUUUUUUGUUUUGUUUUGUUUAUUUUUGGAUUAUUUAAAAAAAUUCUUUGUUGUACAAAAAAACAAGUUGCCAUCAUUAAAAAAAAAAAGAAAAAGAAACACAA